AUGGUGUUCAGGCGUAGCUCCGCGGAGGAGCUUUUCCGAACCCUCGCGCAGACUCCUCCCGCCGAUAUCCACGGAAAGCCGUCAUAUCCUCGCGUUUCAGGCACAUCCGUGAACAUUCACGAUGUGCUUGUCAAAAGAGUGCUCGCGUUGGGAGGCAUUCAGGAAUCAUCGCCGCGAACUGACGUUGAUAGCAACGGCGACGCGUCAGAAAGCAAAUGGCGGUUCCGAAAGCCGUCGGUAACAUUUUCCGCAUUCCUCGCUCCCCGCGAAUUGCGCCAGCUCGCAGCAGCCGUCGGCUCGCUCGCCGGUCCGGAUCCUUCCAGCGGAGCCGCAGGCGGAGCUGCUGGCAGAACCACCAGCCCGAAAUCCCUCCGCAAGCACCAUGACGCCUCCGCCUAUUCCGCGCAUGUCUCCGCUCUCCCCGUGCUCAACCUCGCAUUGGAUUACCUGCAGGCUAUUCCCGACCUGCUUCUAACCCACGCGGGUUCCCCCGCCUGCCGCGCAAUGCUCGCCUGCUGCCGCUCCGGCGCUCUGCGCGCGAUACUAGCGGAGCUGCGCCGCUGCGCUUCCGCCGAUCCCCGCGUCUUCGGCUCCCCCGUGGGGAAGGCGACGGCGGAGCUGCUGCUUGGCCUAGCGCAAUCGCACGACGCUUUCCUAGAAGCUUCCGCCAGCCCAUCGAGUCGCGAUAGUGCCAGCUCGGAUUCCGCGCUCACAGGCGGAACAGCCGCGCGCGCGUCCUCCGCGGGAGCAGACGUGCAGGCGGUAGCGGGGGAGGUGGUUCUGGCCCUAGCCGUGCGUGCGUCCUCCGCGGGAGCAGACGUGCAGGCGGAACAGCCGCGCGCGCGUCCUCCGCGGGAUCAGACGUGCAUUGCAUCCCCGCGGGGCUCACGGAAGCCGGCGGAACCGAUGCGCCAGGCGGGGACACGGCGGGCGACACCGCACGUGGGAGGGGGGAGCGGUGGCGCAUCGGCGGGUUCCGCCAUCGCUCUGGGCAGAAUCAGAAGCAGCGGCGGAGCGGAAGGCGCGCUGGGGGAGGACGAUGCGGACGGGCGCAGACCCUCCGCCUCGAGCGAGCAGCUGACGUCGCUGCUGACGUCAGGAACCGGAGCAGCGGGGGAAGCUGGUGGGGGCGGUACCUGUGGGUCCGUGGCGGCUGCAGCUGCUGGCAGGCGCCUGCGACGGCAGGAGGCAGCAGGAAUGUCCUUGGCAGCUCGAGCAGAGGUCGCAGCGAGGCUACACGCUGCUGAGUCAGCAGCAGCCUUUGCUGGUGGAGGGGGGACGGGCGUCGCUGCGGGCGGUGAAGUGCGUGAGGGCGCUCUGCCUUCAGGUGGCCAAUGCCUGCUCUAG